CCUUCCAUUAUAGACUAACCGUAUUCUUUUUCACUAUUCCUGUGUGUCUCAGCUUGCAAAGUUAACUGACAUUUUUGGGAUACCAGAGACCCAGAUGAAGUUCAUAAUUGAAGCUUGGUCACAGAUUAUAGAAUGCAGGAGAGUGCUGAAAUGGACAUAUGCUUAUGGCUACUAUCUAGAUGAUAAGGUCAAGAGUGAAUUUUUCGAGUACCUUCAAGGUGAAGCUGAGUCUGGUUUGGAACGUCUGCAUCAAUGUGCUGAGAAAGAUUUGCAAGCAUUUUUGCCUUCUUUGAAACCUGAUAGCAAUGAAACUAUGACACCAUCAGUUGCGGAAUUUGAUGAUUUCCGUGUGAAGCUUGCUGGGCUCACAAGUGUUACUCGGAAUUAGUUUGAGAACCUUGUUCGAGCUUUGGAAGCUGGGUUGGAGGGCCAGGCGGUAGGCGGGUGCUACAUCCAGCACGGCCACCAGUUCAAAGAAAGGUGGAACUAAAUCCAAGAAGAAGCAACACUCUAAACCAUCAUCUGACCACACUGAUGACAGCUGGCCCUGCGAGCGCUGCACAUAUCUUAACCUUCCUUCAGUGGAUGCGUGCGGUGUCUGCGAAAAAAGUAGGUACUAGAUGAGGGAACAGCUCAAGGGAGCCCCCUCGAGAAAAUCUCAAAGCUCAUGAAACAGAGGGGUGCUCUCCCUCCUGCAUCGGAUGCCAUGAGGUUGAGCUUCCAACAGUUGUGAUGGUUGGGGUUCAUUUGGUUUGCUAGUCUGUGUCUGCUGUUCCUUGUAAAUAUUAGCUGUGAAGUGGUAAUCUGUGUCUAUGUGGUGGGUUUUGCAGCUGAUCGACCUGUGAAACUAAACUUGGAGGUAGCUCUAUUUAUUCCCACAAAAUAUUCCAGGGUCCUUGUAUUUGCAUCUAA